AUGGCAUCACAAGAAGAUAUAUUAAAAAACCAUAUCAACGCUCUAGAAACUUAUGUCAAAGAACUUUCAAUUCAACCAAAACAAUCUCAAAUAUGUAUACCUGAAAAUCCUAUUCCUGUUAUUGAAGUUAAACCAGUACCAACUACUACUUAUAAUGUUAUUGCAGACCAACCACCUCAAGUGAAUGUAAAAUCAUCAUUACCUAAUGUUGGGACAAUAGUCAUACCCCAACCAAUUUCUACUGAAACUAUUAAUUCAUGGAAAAAUGAAGAAUCAUUAACAGUAGCAUUACAAUUAAAAUUAGCACUUGCGAUUGAUGAGUUAGAAAAGUCUGCACAAGUUAUAGAUAAAAAAAAUACAGAAAUUUUUCAUUUAGAAGAACAAAUUAAAACGAUAGAAAAAGCCACAGAAAAUAAACAACAAUCUCGUGAGAUAGCCAUUCAAAAUAUAGAACUUUGGAAACAAAAUGAUGAAUUAAAGAAAGCCGCAUUAGAGGCACUUGAAAUAUUAAAUGGAAAAACAAUAGAAAAAGUAUGUGUUGAUGAAAUUAUGCAACAACGUAAACAAAUGGAAGGAUUAAUGGAAAAAUUAAUUCAACGAUUUAAAGAAGUAACUGUAGAAAAAUCAAAGUUAGAAAUUAAAAUAAGAAACAUGGAAAAUUUAAUUCAAAUGAAAGACACAAAAAUUGAACAAAUGCAACAAACUAAAUUAAUUUAUGAAAAAUUUAAACCAAUAACACCAACACCUCAUUCUAAUCAAAUUGAAAUUGAACAAUUAAAAAAAGAAAAUAAAGAAUUAAAAAUGAGUAUUGAAGAAUUAAAUAAAAAUAAAAGAGAGUUAAUUAACAAUGUUGAAGAGUUUCAAAAACAACCUGUUAUUGAAAAGUUUAUUAAAGUUGUGGAAAAAACUGGAGGAGAAGAAUAUGCUGAAAAAUAUAAAGAACUUAGAGAUCAAUUAAAUGAUGAACGAAAAGAAUGGAAAGAAGAAAAAGAAGAGUUAAAACAAAAAGAAGAACAAUUAAUUAACUUGAACCAAUCAUUACAAAAACAAAUUAUUCAACAAAGUGAAUGGUCUGAAAAAGAAGAAUAUGAACAAAUUAUUAAAGAAAAGAAUUCCCUUAUUGGAAAAAUUCAAUUAGAAUGUUUAGAAGCUAAACAACAAGUUGAAAAAGCAAAUGAAAUGAUUCAACAUGUUCAACAAAUACAAGAAGAAAAAGAAUCUUAUUUAAACCAAAAAAAAGCACUUGAUAUUAUAAAAAAUCAAUUAGAACAAGACAAAAAGAAUUUAGAAGAAAUGGUCAUUAAACUUAAUAAUGAAAUACAAGAAAAAAAUAAACAAAUUAUAGAAUUAGAAACAAAUACUAAAAAGCUAGAACAAACUAUUACUCAACAUGUUAAUGAAUUAAAUACUUCUAAUCAAAAUUCUAAGAGUAUUAUCAAUCAAAAAGAAAAAGAACUUAUUGACAAAAAUAUCGAAAUUAAACGAUUAAAUGAACUCAUUGAACAAUUACAACUAGACUCUCACCAAAAAGAUUUGUCUAUUCAACAAUUAAAAUCUAUUAAAAUACAAAAAGAAGAAGCUGAACAACAACCACCACAAAAAAUUCAAGAACAACCACAAAAAAUUCAAGAACAACCACAAAAAAUUCAAGAACAACCACAAAAAAUUCAAGAACAACAACAAAAAACUCAAGAACAAUCUUCUCAACAACACGAUCAUAUUGAACCUAAUCUUUCACUACAACCUCAACAAAUACAAAACCAAAUCCCUAAUCAAUCAACUCAACCAGCUACUUCUUCUCAAUUGGUUAUUGAUACUGCAAAUCCCUCAACCAAGCAAUCAAACCCAUUAACCAGUGAAUUAUCCCCGUCUUUAUCAACUCAAAAAACACAAGAAAUAUCAAAUACCAAUAAUGUAAAACAAAAUAUUAGUAAAGAUGUUUCUGAUUUUCUUGAAAGGAUACGCCCAAUUAAACGAAACCCUGACACUGUUAAUAUUCCUGUUCCACAAAAAAAGCAACCAAAACGUGUUGAAACACAAGAAGAACGAGAGGAAAGAAGAAGAAAAAAGUUUGAGCGUCCAUUAGAAAGCCCAAAACGUUCAAAUUCUACUGUCUCCACUUCCUCUACUCCACUUCCUCCAAGGCACUUAGACAAUGACCACGUUGUAAAUGUAACUACUUCAAAUACAACAGAACAUAAAGAACAAAUUCAAACCCAAUCAAAUGAAAUCAAAAACAAUUUAGAAAAAGACACUCCUCCUAUCACAAAUAAAGGAGAACAACUGGACCAAACAAAAACUUCAUCUUUAUCUACUGAAGUUAAUAUCACUCCAAGUAAUCAGUCUCAACCAAUCAUAUUACAACCUUCUAUUCAAAAUUUAUCAAAACAAGAAGUUAAGCCAUUAGAAGUUAAACCAAAUCAAACAGAAAUAGCUAUUUUACCAACUACUAAUAAAAAUCAAACCCAACAACAACAAACAACAAUAAACCCUAUUUUUAAUACUUCUCAACUUAAUCCUACAAAUUCAAUUACUACAAAUACUAUUCCAGAUAUUCCAAAAGAAACUCCUAUUAAUUCUUCAUUUAAUAUAACUCAAUCUACUUCAACAAUAUCUCAAAGAAUGGUUGAAGAACCUAUCGAACAAAAAAUGGAUGAAGUACCAAAAGAAGAGUCUUCUCAAAAAAUAAACAGUCAAGAUUUCAGCUCAUUUUUCACUGAUAACCAACAACCAUUUGGAUUUGGAACAACAAAUAACUUAUCAUUCAAUUCGUUUAAUGGAAAUUUACAACUUCAAAGUCAAGUAAAUAUGGAAGUAGGUAUUAGUGAUGAAAAUAUUCAAAAAAUUAAUAAAAUGGAAGAAGAGAAGAAGCCAAUAAUGACAUCAUUAGAAUAUUCUAGUCAAUUUGUUAAUACAAAGAAAUCAAAAAAGAAAGAAGAAACUGGAAUGAGUGUUACUAUGCAAGAAGAAGAACAUGAAGAAGAGAGUUCAUCCAGUUCAUCUGAAGACAGUCAAGAAGAACCAAAAGAAGUAGAAGAUAUUGAACAUAAGAAAGGUAAUUUUUAUAGUAUUAAACUUCAAGAAAAAGAUGCCAAAAAAGAAAAACGAAAUGCUGGAAUGAAAAUAGUUAACUCAAAAGACCAAAAAAAGGUAGGAAAAAAAAAUAAAAAAGGAGAAAGGAAAAGUGGAAAACAUGCUAAGAAAUUUGGAAAAAAAUAA